AAUAUAUCGGGUCGGAAUCUUUGCGCGAAUUUUGUUAUAAGGAUAUUUAAAAUUCGACAUCGAAUUUCGAAAUGCGUGCACUAAUCUUCUAUGCAUAUUUGUUGACGGGUCUCUUUUACUUUUCGGAAGGUAAACCCUGCCCUGAAAAAUCUCGUCCCCACAAGACACGCUGCGAUGCCUUCUACAAGUGUCGAGAGCUGCCCUCCAACUCCCAUGUCUGGGUGCCAGUUAAAUGUAACAAGGGACUUGUGUAUGAGCACAAUGUGGGCAGCUGUGUAUUGCCCGGUGACGAUUGGGAAUGCCUAACACCCAGCGAGAUGUCCAGCUCGACCAUCAAAUCGGAUAUCUUGAUUGUGAACAACCGGGAUGAGGCGGAAUUGCGGCUCAGCGACAACGACAAGGAUGACAAUGUGCAAAUUGUGUUGGACUCCACGCUAAGCAGUGAGGAGCAGGAGGAUGAAGUGCCACACUCUAAAUCGGCAGCAGAAACUGAUCACGUCUUAAUAGCACCCAAUCUUAUUGGGGAGGAUGAAGUCUCCUCGGUCAGUCAGUUUGAUUCGAGUGGCGAUGGUGAAUUAGUCGAGUUGGAUGGCCAAUCGUUGCCGCAAACUCGCGAAGGUGAAGCGCAGCUUAGCACCAAGUCCGCUCUUGCCACUAUGAUGAGCUCUACCUCCCGACCAGCAGCUUCAAGUGCCUCUCCCAUUGAUCCCGAUCUGACGGCACACUUGCAGCGUCUCUCUCAACUGAUUGACGGACUUCAGCAGACGUACCAGAAUAGUGACAAGUCACAGGUUGAGAUGCGUCCGGAUCAACUGAAUGCCUUCCUGGCACACUUUGAUCUCAAGAAUCGCUACGACAUGUUUAAUCCCCAAGGCGACUAUAAGGAUGCUGCUGUUGUCUCCACCACAGCAAAGCCACCGCCAAGCACAACCCAAGCGACAGUCGCGACUACGAAAUCACCAGAUUCGCUGCCGGAACCAACGGCAAAUAAGACGUUGCUGCAAGAACAUCUGACCAAGCAUCGCAUGCAGCCGGAAACAAAGCUCAUGCUGUCGAAUACUCAGCCAUUUUCCUCGUAUGGUCCUGGCUAUGCCAACUCCCAGAUUGUGGUCAAUCGACCCGAGGGAUCCGUGAUGUUUACGCUACCCCAAUACGGACACAGUGCCGAACAACAACAGGCGCCACCACAGCAAAUGCAGCAACCCUUUAGUACUGCUUCAAGUAUUGACUUCAACGAUCAUCAGCCCAAAAUCUCGGAGGAAACCCUGAAAACAGUGUUGGAGCUAUCCAAGCAAAUGAUUGCUGCGCAAAAUUUACCCAAAGUGCUGCCGAAUCCCGCCUACAACAGCGCCUACUAUGCACCACCCAUACUGCAACCUUUGAUUAUAUCGCCCCACAACAAUCCAUUCCAACAAUACUAUCAAAUGCCCAGCUACGAUGUCCAACAACCGCCCAGGACUCAUUACAUGCAUCACAAGAAGAACACCUACAACAAGAAGCAGCAGCAACAGCAACAACCACAGCCGAGCACAACCAUCAUUCACAACAAUGUGAUUCCCGUGCAUUUGUCCAGCACAAAUUCGGGUGAGAAGGAAGUGCUCGACACCUAUGGCAACAGUCUAGGCGUCUAUCCCAGUCUGGACAAGCACGGCAUGAGCAGCAGCACUGUCUCUAGCACCUCCAGCAACAAGAACAGCAUUCAAAUGGAUAGCAACAACUAUUACAACAAAUUCAUCGCCACCAUGACAACAGCACGUCCAAGUUCCACCAUCUCGGUGACAACGAUGAGCAAUCAAUACACCGGACAAUAUGCAGCGCCCUAUGCCAACGAUUAUGUGCACACAACACCGAGUCCCUUUGCCGUACAUCCCUCGCCCGCAACUGUUGCCACUUAUUACACGCCAAGUCCUCAUCUGAAUGAGAACAAUGUGAAUUCAAUCUUCCAGGCCGACAACAGUUAUCCCACGGGCAUGGGUCAAAGCAGUAUGCCGGGCAUGUUCCCAUCGCAACUUGAGCCAGGUCAAGUGAAAAUCCGACCCAAUUCGCAGAAAAUCGAAAGCAUGGAAGUGGACGCUGAUGAGGCAAUUAACGCCAACUAUAUCAACAGCAAUGGGAACAGCAACCUGAAUAAUAUCAACAAUAAUAAUAAUCGUCUAAACAGUCCUCACGUACUGACCUACAGCAGCGCUGCCGGCUCCAGCUCAGCGGAUAUGAUGGGCAUGAGCCAUCAAUUAGCACCUGCUACAUAUGUGGAGCACAGCUACACCAUGUCCCAGAAUGCGCCAACAAGCAGCGAGCAACAGCAGAUGCCACAACAGCAAAUGCCACAGCAUCAUCAUCAGUUCAAGGCCCCAUAUUUACCCAGACCUACACCCACGAUGAGCAGCAGCAUCUACUCGGAUACUGCAGGCAAUGUGGGACUCAGCAUGUUUAGCACAGGAAUGGGACAUCUCACUGGGCCUGGCAGUAGUCAAUCGAGUCUACCUUCGAUGCCCGCGAUGCCUUCUUUGCCAGCUAUGCCCUCGAAAUCCAAGUAUCCCGGGGGCAUGGGACAAUUGGUGAAUUUCAAUGGUAACUUCAUCAGUUUGGAUGUCUUCCAGAAGUCUAUUCUACCGCUGAUGACCCAAUCAUCAUCGGCCAUGUCGGAACUGGGAAAUGUGGAAGUCAUCACGUGCCAGGCGGGUGUAAGACAGCCCAAUCAAACGGAUUGCACUCGCUAUUUUGUGUGCAGCAAAAAGGAUGGCAAGGUUCUCUCCUAUUCCUGUCCCCCCUACACGGGCUUCAAUCAACAGACGCGCAUUUGCGAUGCCUCGACCUAUGCGCAGUGCGGAAAUAUGCCGCAAUUCAAUGGGUAUUCCAUCGAUGAGAAUCGUCGCCAGCAAAUGGAGACACUUAAGCUGCUCGCGGAGGCAAAACGACGUCAAGAGGCAGCCAUCAAGGCUCAGAAUAUUGCCAAUCUGUUGCAGCAAUACGGCAGCAGUUCGGCACAAGAGAACAUGGUUCACACAGCAUCGGGAAGCAUGGAGAAUCAUAUGAUGGACUCGUAUAUGAUGCAGAUGUCGGAGCCCAGUUCGACGUUACGUCCCAUAAUGCCAGCGCCCACGAUGACCCCUAUCAUUAGCAGUACCAUCAGCACCUUUAGUAAUAGCCUAAGCAGCAGUGGAGGCAGCAGUGGAAGCAGCAGCGGCAGCGGUUCGGUGAAGAAACGCAAAUACUAUUGCAGGGAGGGGGACAAGAUACCGGAUCAGACCUCCAUUAGCAGCUAUUUUGUGUGCUACAAGACCGCCGAAGGUCAAAUGAAGGGUCACAAAAUGACCUGUUCAAAAUCGUUGGUCUUCUGCCCCAAGACGCUCAUGUGCACGCUAGCCAGCAAAUGCACCGGUUAAUCGGCAUGCCGACACCGAUAACUUAUCGAAAUGGCAAAUUCGAUGCGAUUAGUAUUAUAAGAGUAUUUAUUCUAAUUUUAGUCGGACGAAAUUAACUUGACUACGAAUUCCAAAUAACGACAAUAGCCAAACUUUGAGCUUUAGUUAACUAAAGCAAUAUUGAAAUAUUGUUCUAAGCUUAUUUAUUCUAAUUUUAGUGUGACGAAAUUGACUUGA